AUGAAAGAAGAAUUUGAGAUGAGCAUGGUCGGUGAACUAACAUACUUUCUUGGUCUACAAAUUAGACAAUCUAGAGAAGCUAGUAGACCCGACAUAAACUUUAGUGUUGGUGCUUGCGCAAGAUACCAGUCAAAUCCAAAAGAAUCGCACCUCACUACCGUUAAGAGAAUCAUUAAAUACAUCAAAGGCACCAUAGAGUUCGGGAUCUGGUACUCAAACGAAUCUAAUACCCAACUUGUCGGAUUCACAGAUGCAGAUUGGGCUGGAAAUGUCGAUGACAGGAAAAACACUUCUGGAGGCUGCUUCUAUCUAGGGUCAAAUCUCGUCUCCUGGUUAAGCAAAAAACAGAAUUCGAUUUCUUUGUCAACAGCAGAAGCAGAAUAUAUUGUUGCAGGCAGUAGUUGUGCUCAAUUAUUAUGGAUGAAACAAAUGCUAGAGGACUACGGCAUUGAGCAACAGGUAAUUACUCUUUACUGUAACAACUCUAGUGCUAUCAGUAUCACAAAGAAUCCUGUGCUACAUUCUCGAACCAAAUAUAUUGAUAUUCGCCACCAUUUUAUUAGAGAAUUGGUAGAAGAUAAUGUUGUCUGUUUAGAACAUGUGUCUACAGGGAAUCAGAUUGCAGACAUCCUUACUAAGGCACUUGAUGGGAACAAGUUUGAAGAAUUACGACACAAACUUGGUUUGUGUACAUCAUCGUAA